GCGUCUCCAUUGUCCUUCGUAACGAUGAGAUGGUGAAACAUUUCACCCGGUGUGUGUCAUAAUCUGACGGGAAUGAGUUAAAAAACGCACAUAGAGCCGGCAAUGACUCGGCACAAACAAAGCACCAACACACCGUGGAGCGCAUGAAAUAUGUACAGUCGAGUCUUGGGAGCAGCUAGUAAUUCACACCACGAUGGAUGAAUGAUGCAUGUUGCAUGGUGUUUAUCCAGUAGCUUUGCCAACCGCACAGAAGUACCACAUAAAAAUCCUUGCGCGGUAUGUUGAUUUUAUGAAGCCGCAUUAUUUCGUGUGCGCUUUUUUAGCUUUCAAAGAAAUUUUGCAAGACAGACCGCACACGCCCGGAAUUGGGACACGAAAUUUAGACGGGUCAUGCUGAUUCUGCCAUUUGCGUAUGUGAAGGUUGCUGCUCGUGCGCAUUCAUGCUGGAGCAUUAGCUGUCUUUUAUCGGUGCUAUAGAGUCAUCUUGUUGGGUUCCACUCUUGAGAAAGGGUGCGACGAGUAGGAGAAAAAAAUUAAACACAAAAUGACAAUUGAAAUGUCAAAACGCUGGUAACUACUACCAGGUUUGCCACCCUGGAAACCAGCACGCUAAGGAAGGGAUUAUUCUAGAUAAGACGAUAACAUACAUAGCGAAGAUUGCGAUAAAGUCCCUAACCCCACGGCUAACCAUUAUCAGACAGCCACCAAUAAAAAAAACCUUCCAAAUAUAUAACCUACUGGACGAUAUGCGUUCGACCAUUAGUAAAGUGUCUACGUUUGGCAAAGUGUGUACAGCUAUCAACCGUAACAAACCUUCAAAACCCCAUUCGCACCGUGUACUGCAUCAUGCUGCUGUUCGUGUUUCUCGCGACAGUUGCCCUUUGGGGUGUACUGCGGAUAUACCAGCAGCGUCAGCGGUUGUGGAAAAUGGCUACCCAUUUCAACGGUCCCAAACCGCACUGGCUGCUCGGAUUGUUGCCGUUGUUUCCGGCGAACGAUAUACCCGGUAUCUUCGAGACGAUGGUCAAACUGCACGAGCAGUACGGGCAGGAUCUCUUCAACUGGGGUCUGCUAAAUGACCACAUGAUCAUCGUCACCAGUGCCACCAACGUCGAGAAGGUGGCGAUGGCGAAGAAAACGGAAAAGUCACAAAUAUACGACUUUAUCAAGCCAUGGCUAGGACAGGGUUUGCUCAUCUCUAGCGGUGAGAAGUGGUUCCAUCGGCGGAAAAUCAUCACACCAACGUUUCACUUCAAAAUACUGGAAAACUUUGCCACCGUGUUCAACCGAGAAGGGGAGGUGCUGGUGGAAAAGUUAAGCCCGUAUGCUAAAAGCGGCCGCGAAUUUGACAUCUACGAACCGAUCUCGCUGUACGCGCUCGACAGUAUCUGCGAGACGUCGAUGGGCGUUGAGAUCAAUGCGCAACGCCACCCGGAGAACCAGUACGUGCGUGACGUGAAGCGUAUGAGUGAGUUGGUAUUGCUUCGAAUCUUCCACGUACUAUCUUCCUUCCCGCAACUCUACUGGUACACGAUGCCUAACGCUUGGGAGCAGCGAAAGUUGAUUGGAAGGCUGCAUGACUUUACGGAUUCCGUCAUUCAAAAACGUCGCCAACAGUUACUGUCUGCUGCGAAUAAUAAUCCUAGUCGGCAGGUAUCGGAAGAGGAUGAGAAUGACAUGAUUGGUGACAAGCAGCGGAAGACUUUUCUGGACCUGCUGCUAAACGUCACUGUUGAAGGGCAACCACUGUCUGAUGCGGAUAUACGAGAAGAGGUGGAUACGUUUAUGUUUGAGGGCCAUGACACCACAACUUCCGGAAUAGCGUUCACCUUCUAUCAACUUGCUAAACAUCCAGAGAUCCAGGAAAAGAUUUACCAAGAAAUCCAGGAUGUGCUUGGGGCGGACUUUCGCUCUGUUCCUCUCACGUACAGUACGCUCCAGAACUUCCCCUAUCUGGACAUGGUAGUGAAGGAGUCUUUGCGUCUACUGCCACCAGUUUCAUUCAUCGGUCGUCGAUUGGUUGAAGAUAUUGAGAUGAAUGGAGUAACGAUACCGGCCGGAACUGACUUUACCAUACCCAUCUACGUUAUUCACCGGAAUCCCGCCGUCUAUCCUGACCCGGAACGCUUUGAUCCGGAGCGCUUUUCAGACGAAAGCACACAGCGCCGUGGACCGUACGACUACAUUCCGUUCAGCAUCGGUUCGCGAAAUUGCAUCGGUCAGCGAUACGCACUGAUGGAGAUGAAAAUUACCAUUAUUAAAAUGUUGGGACACUAUCGCAUUCUGCCGGGUGAAAAUAUGCCUCAGGUACGUCUCAAAACGGAUCUGGUGUUACGUCCUGAUAAGGGUAUACCUAUCAAAAUCCAACCGAGACCAUAG